AGGAGGGCACAGACCAUCUGGGCUGCCAGAUGCUUUCUGGACCUCACCUCCCAUUCUCCAUACAGGGAAACUGAGGCCCAGUGAUGGGUGGGACUAGCUCAGGUUCACCCAGCGAGAUGGUGACAGAGGCAAGACGUAAAUCUGAUCACAUCAUCAUUCCACUGCCUACAGCCUUCCAUGGCUCCCUACUGCCCCCGGGAGAGGUCCAGACUCUGAAUUGGCACGGGCACCCCUGUGGACUCUCUUCUUGCCCGCCUUGCCAGCCCUGAACCCACCUGCUGCCUCAGCGUGCCUCCUCUGUUCCAGUCCCACUGGACACUGCCGUCCUGCCACACACCACGCUUUUCGCUUCCUGACCUUCGCCAUCCGCGUUCCUGGUUCCUGGCUCAGCUCAGUCUUACCCUCUUCCGGGAAGCCUUCCUACCUGCUCUGGCCGCCCACAGCCCUGCCUGCCUCCGCUGCCAGCCUCUGACGGCACGGAUUCCAACUGCUCCUCCACGGCUCCUUGGGGCUUUCUGAGGCGGGGGACAUGCUGUCUUCUUUGAAGCUGAGGUCCCCAGGGCUUGACACAUAGUAGUUGUCCAAUAAACGUUCGUUGAAUGAAUGAAUGAAUGAUCAGAGUCGUGCAUGUGAACCGUACAUAACUGUUUGGGUUCCCAAGUUGGGUGUAAGAUAUCAGAGAUGAGGCGCUGCUUCAGAAAAUAGGCCUUUCUCACGUGACGGAUAACAACUGUUUCCUUGUCCUUUUUUUCUCGUCUCAGACCUAAGCCGACCCUGACAGUGGUCCAGGGCACGUGGCUGGGCAUUCAGGACAAGCAGCGGGCUGGAAUAAGAAGACUUGGAGAUGUUGGUGUCACGGAAGAGAUGGUCCGAGGACUCCUGUGGUUGCUGGCAUGGAGGGCUCCCUGGCGGAGCGUGCGGCUGAGGAGCACUUCCACACAGUCACGCCUCUGCUGGAGAGCUGGGCGCUGUCGCAGGUGGUGGGCACGACCGUCUUCCUCAAGUGUGAGAAUGUGCAGCCCACCGGCUCCUUCAAGAUCCGGGGCAUUGGGCAUUUCUGCCAGGAGGUGGCCAAGAAGGGAUGCAGACACCUGGUGUGCGCCUCAGCGUUCUUCCCAUCAUUCAGGACUCAUGGUAGGGGCAACGCGGGCAUGGCUGCUGCUUAUGCUGCUCGGAAGCUGGGCGUCCCCGCCACCAUCGUGCUCCCCGAGGGCACCUCUCUGCAGGUCGUGAGGAGGCUGGAGGGGCAGGGGGCCGAGGUCCAGCUGACUGGAAAGGUCUGGGACGAGGCCAAUCUGAGGGCACUAGAGUUGGCCAGAAGGGACGGCUGGGAGAACGUCUCCCCGUUUGACCACCCUCUGAUAUGGGAAGGCCAUGCCAGCCUGGUGCGGGAGCUGAAGGCAGCGCUGGGGACCCCGCCAGGAGCCCUGGUGCUGUCGGUGGGGGGUGGGGGGCUCCUGGUUGGGGUGUUGGAUGGCCUGGCACAGGUGGGCUGGCAGCACGUGCCCGUCAUUGCCAUGGAGACCCGAGGGGCCCACUGUUUCAAUGCUGCCGUCGAGGCGGGCAGGCUAGUCACGCUGCCGGACAUCACCAGUGUGGCCAAGUCCCUGGGGGCCAAGACGGUGCUCGCGCGGGCCCUGGAGUGCACGAAGGAGUUUGAGAUCUUCUCCGAGGUGGUGGAGGACGUGGAGGCUGUGAGUGCCGUGCAGAGGUUCCUGGAUGACGAGCGUAUGCUGGUGGAGCCUGCCUGCGGGGCAGCCUUGGCUGCCAUCUACUCAGGCCUCCUGCAGAGGCUCCAGGCCGAGGGCCGCCUGCGCCCCUCCCUGGCCUCGGUCGUGGUCAUCGUGUGUGGAGGCAACAGCAUUGAUAGCCGAGAGCUGCAGGCUCUGAAAGCUCAGCUGGGUCAGAGCUGAGGGCUCCUGGUCUGGGCUGGAAACCCCUAUGGCCAGCUGAGGGGCCCCCAGGCUGGCGGAUGGCUGUGGAAGCUGCCCUGUGCCCUGUGCUGGCCACCUCCUGAAGGAAGGCCUCCUGAACUGCUCCCUGUGGCACCCCCCCGCCCCACCCCAUAGCCCUGGCCAAUAAACACUUUCUGAGUUGAA